ACAUGCGCUUGUAGUUCUGUUUUGCUUCCUUCACGCACAUGAGUGGAACCAACGUGGCUUUUCCUUUUGACAAGAUAUUUCGGCGACUGUUAAAUGUAGCUACAUGUUCAUGAAAGUAAACUUGUUAUAGAAACACCGUCAUCGACGAAACGAGGCGUUUGACAGAUUUACAACGCGCUGCUGCUUCGUGGACAAACCUUCCUCGGGGAAAACGCUGAAAAUGUUUAAUGAGGAUGAAGACUGGAAUGACGAACAAGCCGCUCAAGUCCUGAGCAACACUGUCCUCAGAAACACCCAGAAGGCGAACAGCACAAAUGCCAAGUCUAAGGUUGUUGGAAAGAAGAGCCUGCUGCGGACCCUCCAGACACUGGGAUCAGUACCAGAGUGGAAGAGUGAUGACCAUCAGCAGGACAGUGACAGCGAUACAGAAGUGGCCCCAUCGCAUAGCAAGAAAAAGAAGUACAGAAGGAAAAGGCGAAAACAAGCAGAGACAACAGGAGAGCAGCAAGAGAACGACAGCUUAGAUCAGACUGUUAAUGAGGAGAAGCCUGUAAUAACAAAGAGGAAGAAAGACACAUUUGGCACUCAAAAGGUAAAAACCACAUCUGUGGGCGAGACCAAGAAUAAAGGAAUUACAAAAUCUGCAAAGGCAAACAUAAACGAUCCAGAGAACACAGAGAAACUGAGCAGACAACAGUGGAAAAACAAAAUGAAGAACAAGAGGAAAUGUAAAAAUAAAUACAGCCAGAAUAAACUCGAGAAGGAAGUAAAUAAACUCGAAUCUGCAGAGAAACAGAAGCCAAUGGAACAAGUCAAAACAGAUUCAUAUAGCAACAACAACAGUGAAACAAUCAGUCAGACACCAGCUGAGAAAAAGGAACGUAAACCACAGAAAAGGAAAAAGAAAGAAGAGGGCACUGGCACAUCCUGUGCAACAGAAACACAGACACUCAGAAAAGAAAAGCAGCGGCUUGACAAUGAGAAAAAAACAAAGGGUGGCAAAGUUGAAAAAGGUGCAACUGAAUCUUCUGCAGGUGGAUCAAAACAGAAAGCAGAUGAACCUGAAGUGGAGAUCCCAGAGGGCCAACACCAGUUACCCACGAAAAAACUGAAACCUGAGCUGAGCAAAGAACAGAGUCUGAAAAGAGAGAAGCUACGGAAAAUGCUGCACACCCAGGAAAGAGUUGGGUGGGAGAGUCCUGCAGAGACAAAGGAUGAGCCGGCGGUACCAGAAGAAGAGGUGAUACAGGACCGCUCUGCCUCCCUCAGGUCCCGCAUGGAGCAGCGUUUGGAGUCGGCUCGUUUCCGCUACAUUAACGAAGUUUUGUACAGCACGUCCAGCGGUGAGGCAAGGCGCAUGUUCAAACAGGAUCCGCAGGCCUUCGGGAUCUACCACAGAGGAUACACGGCUCAGGUUCAGAGGUGGCCCGCCAAUCCAGUGGAUGAGAUCAUCUCUUACAUUCGACUAAAACCUUCCUCUCUGGUGGUUGCAGACUUUGGUUGUGGUGACUGUAAAAUAGCACGCAGUGUGAAGAACAAAGUGCACAGCUUCGACCUGGCAGCUGCCUGUGAGCUUGUCACAGUCUGUGACAUGGCCAGCGUCCCACUUCAUGGUGGUUCUGUGGACAUUGCUGUGUUCUGCCUUUCUCUGAUGGGAACCAACCUGGCAGAUUUUCUAGCAGAGGCCAAUCGUGUCUUAAAGAUGGGGGGUGUCCUUAAAAUAGCAGAGGUGGCGAGUAGGUUUGAGAACGUGCGGAGCUUCGUCACUGCCCUGGCAAGUCUGGGUUUCAAGUUGGCGUCCAAGGACACAGAGAACACUCAUUUCUACUCGUUUGAAUUUAUGAAGACGGGAGAUUCUCCAGAAAAUGUAAAGAAAUUUGGACUUCAGUUGAAGCCCUGUGUCUACAAGAAAAGAUGAAUUUAUUUGACAGGACUCAAAAGAAUGUCUGUGUCUCUGACAUUUUCCUCACUUUUUUUGCAUCUUGUUUUUCAAAGCUCAGUUGUACAAUUUUAUCUAAAUGUAUUGUUUUUGGUUACUACAUUUUGAAGCUUCUGUAAUCUGUUCUAGAGAAUUUAAUUAUCUGCAUUAUUUGUACAUGAUUUUUAUGUAAUACAGAGUGAUGUGAUGAUGUGCCAAUCUA